GGACUUGUUUUUUGGAGUUUGGAUCCACUUUCCCGUCCAUUCCCUGUUUGUUCUUUUCGUUACCGAAAACAAAACAAAAGAAUAGAAUAGAAAUACGGUAAAGCAAAGAUGCUACACUCAUCUUUUAUAUCCAAAUCAAAUUGUACCAGGUUUCCUCCUGUCGAUUCCCCAAAUGCAACCCUUUCUUCCUUUGGAGCUUCUUAUCUUCUUCAAAUGGGCUUUUAGUUUGGGUAAUUUAUUGACCUACGAUAGUGAUUCUUUAGAUUGAAAUGGAGUAGAAUUGCAUCGAGUGGGCGACGACUUUCAAGUAAGGUAUAUUGCAAGGCAAGGAGCCGUGACAAGCAUAGGACAGAAAACGUGUAUGGGCGUCAGUCACGAGAGCGGGUACUUGAGGAAGAAGACCCUGAAAUGGCUAAAACCACCCCAUCCUUCAAAAUUUUCCCAGGUCAGGCAUUUCCAUUAGGUGUAUCAGAGGUUGAUAACGGGAUCAAUUUUGCCAUAUUUUCACAGCAUGCAACUGCAGUUACACUUUGCUUAUCACUUCCUCAGAGGGGAGAACUCAACAAGCUGGAUGGUGGAAUGAUCGAAUUUUCUUUGGACCCUCGUCUCAACAAAACUGGAGAUAUUUGGCACAUAUGCAUUGAGGAUUUUCCCCGGAGCAAUGUUCUCUAUGGUUAUCGCAUAGAUGGUCCCAAAAACUGGGACCAAGGGCAUCGAUUUGACUACAACAAUGUUCUUAUAGAUCCUUAUGCAAAGCUAGUAGAAGGUCGUCGAACUUUUGGAGAUCCAAAGCAUAAAUUAUCAAAAUUUCUUGGAACUUACGAUUUUGAUAGCUUGCCUUUUGACUGGGGAGACGACUACAAGCUCCCAAAUAUCCCUGAGAAAGAUCUUGUUAUAUACGAAAUGAAUGUUCGUGCAUUUACUGCUGAUGAAUCUAGUUGCUUGGAUCAAAAUAUAUGUGGCACUUAUGCCGGUCUGAUUGAGAAGAUCCCACACCUUCUAGAACUUGGAAUCAAUGCAGUGGAGCUGCUUCCGGUCUUUGAGUUUGACGAGUUUGAGUUUCAAAGGCGCCCCAAUCCCAGAGAUCACAUGAUCAAUACGUGGGGUUACUCGACAAUAAAUUUCUUUGCUCCUAUGAGUCGUUAUGCUUCUGGUGGCGGAGGAGCUGUUGGUGCUUCUUGGGAGUUCAAAGAAAUGGUUAAAGCCUUGCAUGGGGCAGGAAUUGAGGUGAUAUUGGAUGUUGUCUAUAAUCACACUAAUGAAGCUGAUGAUAAGCAUCCUUAUACCACUUCUUUUCGUGGCAUAGAUAACAAGGUUUAUUACAUGGUGGACUUAAACAACAAAGGUCAACUGCUAAACUUCUCUGGCUGCGGGAAUACAUUAAAUUGCAAUCAUCCUGUUGUCAUGGAGCUCAUACUUGACAGCUUAAGACACUGGGCUGUUGAAUAUCACGUAGAUGGAUUUCGAUUUGACCUUGCUAGUGUACUUUGUCGAGGCUCAGAUGGUUCUCCACUUGAUGCACCUCCACUUAUCAGGGCUAUUGCCAAAGAUGCUACCUUAUCAAGGUGCAAAAUUAUUGCUGAACCUUGGGAUUGUGGGGGGCUUUAUCUUGUUGGCAGUUUUCCUAAUUGGGACAGGUGGGCUGAGUGGAAUGGGAGGUACCGUGAUGAUCUAAGAAGAUUUAUAAAGGGUGAAACCGGUAUGAAAGGAGCAUUUGCGACUCGUGUUUCUGGAUCUGCCGACCUCUACUGUAAAAAUAAACGCAAGCCAAACCAUAGCGUUAAUUUUGUCAUUGCACACGAUGGCUUCACCCUCCGUGAUCUUGUUUCAUACAAUUUUAAGCACAAUGAAGCCAAUGGAGAAGGUGGAAAUGAUGGAAGCAAUGACAACUUUAGCUGGAAUUGUGGGUUUGAAGGUGAAACUGACAAUGCUGGUAUUGUAGCCCUGCGCUUCCAGCAAAUGAAAAACUUUCAUUUGGCAUUGAUGAUAUCACAGGGAAUUCCAAUGAUGCUAAUGGGAGAUGAAUACGGGCAUACACGAUAUGGGAAUAACAACAGUUACGGGCAUGAUACGGCUCUUAAUAAUUUCCAGUGGCAGCAGGUGAAUUUUUAUCAGCUUUUCAUUUUAUACAACUUUGAUCCAUACAGUACUUGCUUUAUGGUAUUCUCUAUGUUGAAACAGUUGACUGCAAGGAAGAGUGACCACUUUAGGUUUUUCUCGGAGAUGAUACACUAUCGGCGAAAGCAUCAAGUAUUUUGUCAUGAAAAUUUUCUCACCAAAAGAGAUGUGACGUGGCAUGAGGAUAACUGGGACAACCCUGAGAGCAAAUUCCUCGCAUUUACGCUUCAUGAAAACAAUGGUGGAGAUAUCUAUCUAGCAUUCAAUGCUCAUGACUUCUUCGUUAAAGUUUCUAUACCUCCAGCACCAACGGCAAGGCGUUGGUUCCGUGUGGUAGACACCAAUCUUGGGUCGCCGGAUGAUUUUGUGGGCGAAGGAGUCCCUGGAAUUGGCAGCACCUACAAUGUGGCUCCGUACUCUUCCAUUCUUCUUGAAGCUAAAUAAUUACGAGCUGACCCCACUCCAGAUGGAUGGAUCAGAAAAAGAAUUUAGGACGCCAUGUGUAGGAUCAGAUUUGGUAUAGUAUUUGCAUGAUUGUAUGCAAACUUCUUUAAGUUUUAACAUUUGAAAAAUUAAAAUAAUUUAGCAAUAAUCGAUUUAAUAUCUAAA